AUGAAGAAGGACGCCUUUGGUGAAUCCAACGCCGAGCUCAGUGGGUUGAAUAAUAUUCAUAAAGUACAAAAGGAAAGGAUACAGCUGUUUUAUAGACUGGCAACAAAUACAUCUUCCGAUUUAAAUCGAAGAGGAACAGAAUAUCAUCACGCAAAAUGCGUUCAAAGAAAAACCAGAGUCAAUCCCAGAAAUAAACAUGCAAGGAUGCAAGAGGUCCGAGAGAGAUAUAGACAAGAUAAACUAGGUAAUUCGAGAGAAAAAAUUGCCGAAAGACAAUCAGAUAGCGAUCGUAUGUAUUCAAUGUUUACGGAACUCCAGGAGUUGGAAAGGAGUGUUGACUUGGAGACCCUCAUAGAAGAAGAAAAGGACUUGAGAGUAAAAAGGCAACAGACUGAUGAAGAACUUGAACAGGAACUUGAACAAAUGAUUGCUGAAGUUAAUAUAUGUGAUAACCUUUCAUAUCAAAGGUAA